AUGUCGAAAAAUAAAACGAAGUGUGACAGAAACCGGCCGACCGCCGAGUUUGAUCGGUUUGAAUUCCGGGGUGGCCGACUGAUCGUCGGUUGCAAGUGUACCAGGAACGACGGAAUGCAACAUGAAUGCGAGCGACUAAAGUGUAUGGCUGACCGGCCACUAUGUUUAACAUAUCCGGCGGCCACUUGCUAUCCUAGCCGGCCAUGCCCGCUGCGGCCAACAAAUUUUCUACAGAACAACGUCCAUCGUCAAGGCAGUGGCGCCAUUUCGCAGUCGUCGCAUCAACUUAUGGUCGGUGGUGUUGGUACCGUUGGCGGUGUUGUUGAUGGUGGUACCGGUGGUAGAGGGACCUUUGCCGGAGGGACCGGCGGAAAGUACUCGGCCGGACGUGACGCGCGUUACGUAUCCUUCAACUCGCAUCAUAUGAGAAAGUGGGCCACCGAUCAAUAUGACGACCGUCCCGCACUCAGAAAGUUUUUUCAACCCUGCCACGUCCACUGUGUGCAAUAUCGGACGCCCGUAGACGUCUGUACCCGAGACGCCAAGAUGAAUUGA